AUGGCGGCGACUACCGGGGCUCUGUCGGGCCCGACGUAUGAGGAACGGGAGGUAUCGGAGGACGAGUCAGAGGAGGCCGAGGAGAUACUCGGGAUAUCUGUCAGUGAUAUGGAAGACCAAAGAAUUGUGGAUUUCAUCAGAAAUAGCAUGUCGCGUAACUAUUACGCUUCUCGCGAGUGGACCGAUGAGUUCUACACCCUGCAGGCGUACAUCGGUUGUAUAGCUGUGUCCUAUCAGAACCGCCUCCUUAUGCCAGAGAUGCAAAAGAGAUACUGCAUGCUCGACUUCUCCAACUUACACAUACCCAAGAAGAUUCGCAAAGCCAUUCGGCGCUUAGAUCCUGGCGAGCUUACUUUCCGAGCGACGCGCGAUCCUAGCGGUGCGGCUAUAGAACGCGUUAUCAAAGGUAUCGCGCGGGCGAAUGGGAAGAAUAAUUGGCUCGGGACAAAGUCUCGUUUUUCUAUCGAGGCGACUCAGCCUUCGAAGUUGAGUGUGUCGAGGUUCUCGAUUCGAGCGGGAAGCUACUGGCUGGAGAGGUUGGAAGAGAUCCACACUGCUGCCACCGAGCUGUCGGGCUUCUCCAAAUGA